CCCCUCGCCUCCUCCAGGGUGGCGCGGGGCGGUGACGUCAACGUUGUGCGUGGGGCGCGCGGCGCAGUGCGGGCGGAGGUGGCGGGGCUGCGCCAUGGUUUGCUUUGGGCUUACCGUCGUUCGGCAUGGAGAAACAAGAUACAACAAAGACAAGAUAUUGCAAGGUCAAGGAGUGGAUGAGCCACUCUCUGCAACUGGUUUCAGACAAGCAGAUGCUGCUGGUUCAUUUCUCAGUAACGUGAAGUUUACUCAUGUCUUUUCAAGUGACCUCCUUCGAGCAAAACAGACUGCUGCUGCAAUUCUAGGAAAAAACAAGUUCUGCAAAGAUCUGGAAAUCAAGUAUGAUGCAAGACUUCGAGAGAGAAAAUAUGGUGUUGCAGAAGGAAGGCCUUUGACUGACCUCAAGGCUAUGGCAAAGGCUGCUGGAGAGCAGUGUCCUUCAUUCACACCUUCUGGAGGAGAAACACUGGAUGAAGUAAAAGAACGUGCAAGGGAUUUUUUUGAAUUUCUGUGUCAGCUAGCUGUUGAAUUGGAGCACAAAGAGCAAGAUAGUGCGGCAAGCAGAAGCUCAGGAGCGUGUGAAGAACAGUUUGUUUUCCCUUGGACAAACCACUGCAGUGAAACAGAACUUAACUCUGGUAAAAGUGAAGCUUCUAAUGUAUUAGAUGCUAAUAUAUUAGUGGUGAGUCAUGGAGCCUACAUGAGGAGCUGGCUCAGUUAUUUUAUUUCAGAUCUCAAUUGUACUUUACCAAUAAAUUUAACAAAGUCUCAGUUGUCUUCUGUCAGUCCCAAUACUGGAGUUAGUCACUUUAUUGUCAAACUUCAAAAUGGAGAUUUAUUAAAACCUGAGAUCGUAUGUGUUUGUCUUAACCAAGACUCUCACUUAGUGGAUGUGGGAGCUGAACCUGUAGCUACAAAAGUGUUUUAAAAGUCUUUGUGGGGGCAAGUGGUUUUAGAUCCUGUUACACUAAGCUUGGGAAUGGUAUCUCAGUAAUUAGAGAUUGACUGGAGUUAUUGACCCUAACCGGCAAAACUGAAGCCAUGCAACUGCUUACCAUCUUAAAAUAAAACAUGAUUGACAGUAGAGAAAUAUCACAAAUGUUCUUUAUGGACAGAAACGUAAUACUUCCAGUGUCUUGCACAUCUGCUCCUACAGUGCAUAUUUUUAAAAACUUCCUUACAUUAGCACAUAAUUAUUUUGGUUAUCUCCAGGUAAAAGAGGAGGGGAGAGGAAUGGUACCUCAAAGAUGAGCUAUAAUGUAUUCUUGUUCUAUUACAAAAUGCUAUAUUGUAAUAUUAAACAUACAUGUUGUCUUAAAAAAACUUUUUUGAAUGCAAUAGUAUAACCUGAAAAAGAGCAUUGCCUAGUGGAAAAGGUUUGGUACAGAGUCAGGGGACAUGUUCUGGCUCUGAUGCUAAAUAGCUGUGAGUCUGUGGGCAAAUCUCUUUUGGGGAUGAUAAACCUACCUCACAGGAGUGUUUUGUAAGAAAUUGGUGGUGUCGAGGCCUCUGUUCAAGAGCACUGUAUUUAUUUUUAACUGUAAGAAAGAUGAGGAACCUCAUGUGCACAUAGUUGAGAUAAUGAUCUCUCUCUUCUGAAAAGCUACCUUAUUGAUACAUUGAGUUGUACCCAACUAGAAUCCUUGUGUCAGUUGCAGUUGUACACUUGAUGGAUGAAUAUUUUUGCCUAGAAUCAGGCAAGUUUAAUUGCUUGAUGAUUGCCUAUAGUUGCUGUUAGUACUGCGUUCUUUCCCUCCUGGGGUGUGUUUGUGGUGUUACUGUAAAAGCUUAUCUGACUUAUGUUAUUUAUAAUAUCCACAUAUAUUUUCUUCAUUUGCAUAUUUUAAGCCUGUUAAAAAAAAAUAAAAUUUAAAAAAAUGAGAGACUCCCG